AUGCAGAGGACGAUGGUUUUCAUGGCAGACAUGCAACCUGUUCUCCCGCUGGACAUAUGGGGGGUCUUAUUACUCUCACACGAGGGAGCCGCACUGCGGGAUGUACUCGCAGACCGCGAGGGCGAGUGUCCCGCAUUCGCGACAUGGUCAUUGGAUACACUCGCGUCCUCGCGCACACUCAUCGUCACACGGCUCCGGGCAACGAAACGAACGUUUCCUGCACUCGUACAGAAACUGGUCGAGUAUGCUAAGAAAUGCGACGCGCGGAAGAUUGAGAUUUGGGGGAUGCAGGAGGAGCUGCAGGAAGUUGCGAAUGGGCUGGGCUGGACGACUUCUGCGCGAGACAAUCAUUUGUCGUCUUUUAAAUGGUAUGGAAAGGAGGUGGAUGAGGGUAUUGAUUGGAUGUUCAACGAGAGGUUCUGCCAGUGCUAA